AUGACCAACAACAAAUCUAGGCAGAGUGCCGACGAGCACACGCCAUUGAUCAAUGGCGAGUCUGCUGGAUCGGCCCAAGCUGGCAAUCAUAUUCUGAGACCACAGAGAAGCGGUGUCAUCACCUUCUUUUUCGACGACACGCACACUCCCGGAAAUGACAGCAAUUCCAUCGUCGUCCGUAGCGCCGCAUAUACCUGGCACGUCACCAAGGUGACCCUUUUGAGCAGCUAUGUGAACUGGCUACUUGUCAUGGUCCCCAUCGGUAUUGCGGCUGGUGCGCUUGGCUGGGGCUCUACGGCUGUCUUCACCAUCAACUUCUUUGCCAUCAUCCCCCUUGCCGCCGUCCUCUCCUUUGCGACUGAAGAAAUUGCAAUGAAAUUGGGUCAGACUAUGGGCGGCCUGCUGAACGCCACAUUUGGAAACGCCGUGGAAUUGAUUGUCAGCAUUGUUGCCCUGAAGGAUGGCCAAAUUGAAAUCGUACAGGCCUCGAUGCUCGGUUCCAUUUUGUCCAAUUUGCUACUGGUUAUGGGAAUGUGCUUUUUGUUCGGAGGUUUGGUACACCGAGGUCGAAAUGGAGCCGGUACAGAGCAGUCUUUUUCUGCUGCCGUGGCCCAGACUACUUGCUCCCUGAUGACUCUGUCUUCUGCUUCGCUUGUCAUUCCCGCGACUCUCUAUGCCGUACUGGCCCAGAACGGAUCCGACGACAAGAGUAGCAGCAUCCUCAUUCUAUCCCGAGGCACCGCUAUUAUCCUGCUGCUACUGUAUACCAUGUAUCUCGUAUUCCAGCUUCGAACACACAGCAAUCUUUUCGAUAACGAAGCGCAGGCACUCGCCGAGGAGGAGCAGGAAGCUAAAAUGGGACCUGUGGCUGCGGGCAUGGUUUUGGUUGUUGUUACAAUUCUGGUGGCCAUAUGCGCCGACUACCUCGUUGGUAGCAUCGAUGACAUUGUCGAGAAGUCAAACAUCAGCAAGGCGUUUAUUGGUUUGAUUCUCAUUCCAAUCGUUGGCAAUGCUGCUGAGCACGUUACGGCCGUGGUUGUGGCUCUCAAGGACAAGAUGGACUUGGCUAUGGGCGUUGCCAUUGGUUCAAGCAUCCAGAUUGCUCUUGGUGUUACCCCAUUCCUUGUUAUUAUUGGCUGGAUCAUCGGCCAGCCUAUGUCCCUGCACUUUGAGACUUUUGAGACCGUCGCCUUCGCCGUAUCGGUCCUCGUUGUCACAUAUACCGUGCAGGAUGGUAAAUCCAACUAUCUCGAAGGAGCUAUGCUUUUGGGGCUGUACCUCAUCAUUGCUGUCGCAUUUUACGCCACACCCAGCGACGCCUUUGACGGUUCCAUCACUCGACUUUUGGGUAAAUCAUCAUGA